AUGCCAAUUCCACGUCUUUUUCUGUUUUCCUUAUUAAACUUUCUUUGUGUUUCUGUUAUUUCCAUAUGCAAACCGAAUGCCAAUUCCACGUCUUUUGUGUUUCUGUUAUUUCCUUAUGCAAACCGAAUGCCAAUUCCACGUCUUUGUGUUUCUGUUAUUUCCUUAUGCAAACCGAAUGCCAAUUCCACGUCUUUGUGUUUUUCUUUAUUUCCUUAUUUGCAAAACCGAAUGCCAAUUCCACGUCUUUGUGUUUCUGUUAUUUCCUUAUGCAAACCGAAUGCCAAUUCCACGUCUUUGUGUUUCUGUUAUUUCCUUAUGCCUUCAAACCGAAUGCCAAUUCCACGUCUUUGUGUUUCUGUUGUUUCCUUAUGCAAACCGAAUGCCAAUUCCACGUCUUUGUGUUUCUGUUGUCUUCUUUAUGCAAACCGAAUGCCAAUUCCACGUCUUUGUGUUUCCUGUUGUUUCCUUAUGCCAAUUCCACGAAUUGUGUUCUGUUUCCACGUCAAACGAAUGUUGUGUUUCUGUUUGUUUACUUAUGCAAACCGUGCCAAUUCCACGUCUUUGUUUCUGUUGUUUCUUUCAAACCGAAUGCAAACCCGUCUUUGUGUUUCCAAUUCCAACCGAAUGCCAAUUCCAUGUCUUUGUGUUUGUGUUAUUUCCUUAUGCAAACCGAAUGCCAAUUCCACGUCUUUGUGUUUCUGUUAUGUUAACCGAAUGCCAAUUCCACCGAAUGCCAAUUCCAUGUCUUUGUCUUUCUGUUUUGGGGUACUUAUGCAAACCGAAUGCCAAUUCCACGUCUUUGUGUUUCUGUUAUUUCCUUAUGCAAACCGAAUGCCAAUUCCACGUCUUUCUUUGUUUUUACUUUUGAAUGCCAAUUCCACGUCUUUGACUUUCCUUAUUUCCUUAUGCAAACCGAAUGCCAAUUCCACGUCUUUGUGUUUCUGUUAUUUUCUGUUAUUUCCUGACCCGAAUGCCAAUUCCACGUCUUUUAGUUUCUGUUAUUUCCUUAUGCAAACCGAAUGCCAAUUCCACGUCUUUGUUUCUUUAUUUCCUUAUGCAAACCGAAUGCCAAUUCCACGUCUUUGA